AUGCCCCAGUCGUUCAAGUCGAAGCCCCCUGCGAACGUCCACAAGGCGAAAUCCUCGACGCAGAAGAAGGCGCAGCCCAAGGACCCGAAGAAGGGCGCCCGGACAAUCCCCCCGAAGAAGGCCAACCUCGUCACGAAGCAGCAAGUGCACCGAAGGACCACCUCCUCUCACGCCUCGGCUCUCGAGAAGGAGAUCGCUGCGCAAGCUAUGAGUCAUGGGAAGUUGACGAUCAUGCGGAAGGCGGCGGAGGAGGUCAAGGCGAGAGAGGAGAAGGCGAAGAAGUGA